AUGGCUGCAGGCUGUCCUUCGUCUGGACCUCCCAUGCUCCAGAUGGCACGCCUAACGCCAGCAGUGUUCCGCAUGCCCUUCCUCACUUUGGUCCGCGUGCCAUCUAAUGUGCUGCGGGGGGGUGAGGCGUCCAGGCCUGAAGUCUUUAAUGCAUGCCUUGUGGCUGUGCUUGCUCCUCCCGCCCGCCCAGGGACGGGCGGGAGUGGGAGGGGCGUGAGUGGGAGGAGCGUGAGUGGGAGGAGUGUGAGUGGGAGGAGCGUGAGUGGGAGGGGCGCUAGUGGAAGGAGCGUGAGUGGGAGGAGCGUGAGUGGGAGGGGCGUGAGCGGAAGGGGCGUGAGCGGGUGGGGUGUGAGCGGGAGGGCCAUGAGCCUUGUGCCCAUUGCAUCUUCCCUUCUUCCCCGCCCUCUCCCAAUGCCGUCAUGCUACAUUGGUGUCUCUUUUGAGAAUUCUCAACCGCAGGCCUUGCCCAUCAAUCACCUGGUGCCCGUGCAUGCAUCCUCCCUUGCUCACUUCACAUGCAGGCUGCUGGUGGAUCUGGGCAUGAUGGGAGUGAUGGUGCACCAGCAGCCUAUGAUGCCCAUCACCUUCCACGUCGCCCCGCCUGGCGUCACCCGCAGCAUGAGUGAAGAGCUUCAGGAGGAGAUCACAGCCUGUAAGCAAGUCGGCCUAUAG